UUUAGGUUAUAACCGUGUCUGACAAAAUUUUAGAUACUUGUUUGUGCAGUGGAAGAUACAAAAAGUUUGUGCUAAAACAAUAGGCUCAAUAAGUUCUUUACGAAACAUCAGUGAUUAUUGGAAUUUUGUGUUUAGGAAUAUUUUGUUAGUCAAAAGAAUGGUGUAUGAUGAUGUGUAAAAACAGCUCUCGACUUGGACAAAUACUGUAAUACUGUUACGAAUUUUAUUUCAUUACUCAAUUGUUACAUUCAAUUGAAUAUUACAAAUCAUGGCAGAACCAAGGAUAGUAACAGAACAUUCUUCUAGUAAAAGAAGUAUUUUAUUUGUACUGUUAGAACUUGUGUAUUUUAUAGUUUUGCUAGUGCCAAACAUUUUAAGUGCAUUUGUACGGAAGAUUUUUCCACCUAAAAGCAAACGGCUUGAUGGAUUAGUCGUAUUGGUGACUAGUGCUGGUAGUGGCCUGGGCAGAGAGUUGGCCCUCGGGUUUGCCCACCACGGAGCCUCGGUGGCCUGUGUGGACGCUGACAAGAGAGCGGCGUUGGAAACAGCUGAGGAGAUUGUCAGAGACGGUGAGAGGGCUAAGGCAUACCAUACGGAUGUGAGGAGCCCAGAGCAGGUUGCCAAGCUGAGUGAGGCGGUUGCUAGGGACCUUGGUCUUUUGGACAUCCUUGUUGUCUACCACACGUCCUUCGUCUCACAAGCUGUGGAGGACACUUUGGACUCAACUGCCAGGACAUUGGUCGAAGACAACUUUCUCAGCCAUGUCUGGAUGGUGAGAGAGUUCCUGCCCCGCAUGAAGCAGCGAGGUGCGGGUCAUAUAGUAUCAGUGACAUCACUAGCAGGGCAGGCUGGCUUGGCGGGGGCUGCUGUAUACUCUGGUACCUGCUGGGCUGUCAAUGGUUUUAUGGAAAGUGUGAAAACGGAAGUUCUCUUGGAAGGGCAUGAUAACAUACAAUUCACAUUAGUGAAUGCAGCUGUUAUGGAUACUUCACUAUCAAAAAACUACUCCCUAAAUGCAAUGUAA